AUGGUGAAGGUCACAGUAAACAGAUUUGACUGCACUGGGAUUCUAGUCAGCUCUGGCAAAGUGGCCAUUGUUGCCACCAAUGGGCCUGAACUACAUGUUGCCUUCAUUGACCUGAACUACAUGGGCUACAUGGUCCAGUUUGAUUCCACCCAUGGCAAGUUCAAUGGCACAGUCAAGGCUGAGUAUGGCAUCAAGAAGGUGGUCAAGCAGGCAUCCGAUAGUCCCCUAAAGGGCAUCCUGGGCUACACUGAAGACCAGGUUGUCUCCUGUGACUUCAACAGUGACCCCCACUCUUCCACCUUUGAUGCUGCGGCUGGAAUUGCCCUCGUCGACCACGUUGUCAAGCUCACUUCUUGGUAUGACAAUGAAUUUGGCUACAGCAGCAGAGUGGUGGACCUCAUGGUCCACAUGGGCUCCAAGGAGUAA